CAUCUACAGUAUAGCACAAAGGUAGUUCUGCAAGAUCCUCUUUGGCGUAAUGAAUCAAUAUUUGCAACUCUCCAUCUUAUAUGUUCUGCUGUGGACUCAAACAUGGGUUCAACUGUCUUCAGGUGUCCAGUUCUUUGUCCUGAUGGCUUCCAAUGUCCUGCAUACUGGGAAUUAUGAGACGAUUGUCAUCCAAGGCCAUGAAUGUGUUACUAAUCAGAAAGUAGACAUCGAUGUUUUUACAUUUCCUAAUGAAAAUAUGAGGCUCGACAAUACAGUUGUUUAUCUCAAUUCAUCCAACAACUUUCUGGCUUCUGGAGAUAUCAAAAUUCCCUCCAGUUACCUAUCUUCUGACAGCAAUGAGAAGCAGUAUGUUGUUGUUCGAGCCAAGUCAAAAGACAUUGAUUUGCAAAAGGUUAUUCUUCUUUCCCCUCACACAGGGUACAUUUUCAUCCAGACAGACAAAACUAUCUACACACCAAACCAAAAUGUCAACUACAGGAUUUUCUCAACUGAUCAAAACUUGGAUCCUGCUGAAAGAAUAGUCAUUGUCUUGUUACAGAAUCCCGAUGGUAUAAAUGUUAAAAAGGAGGAAGUAAAAAUAUUGAAUGGCUUAGCACCCUUCUCUUUGAAAAUCCCAGAGCUAGUAAGCUUUGGCAUAUGGAAAAUUGUUGCAAAGUUUCAAGAUGCACAGCAGGAUGAAUAUUAUACCCAGUUUGAAGUGCGAGAAUAUGUACUUCCAACUUUCAGUGUUGAGCUGGAUACAGAGAAGAAGUUUUUUAAUUAUAAGGAUGAAGAAUUGAUUGUGAAUAUUAAAGCCAGGUACCUGUUUGGUCAGGAUGUAAAUGGAUACGCUGUUGCCAUAUUUGGUUUGUACAAGGAUUUUCUGAAGAGUCUACAUGGAUCUAUGACAAAAGUACAGAUAGUUAAUGGAGAAGGACAUGUAAAACUUAACAGGACACAACUCUUGGAAGGCGUCAGCAAUGAAGAUGAGAUGCUUGGUCUUUCCAUUUAUGUGAAUGUAACAGUUUUCUCAACAGAUGGAGACUAUGUCCAGGUACACAAGACCAACAUCAAGAUCGUCUCCUCACCUUAUAAUAUUGUGUUCACUAAGACUCCAACUUAUUUUAAACCCGGCAUGCCUUUUAAAUUAACAGUUUCCGUUACAAAUCCUGACAUGACUCCUGCAGCAAGAGUUCCAGUAAAGUGUGACGGCAUGCAAGGACGCACAUCAGAAGAUGGGCUGGCAGACCUAAUCAUCAAUACAGAAGGCAGUCAGAAAGAGCUAACAUUAACAGUCAAGACAGCUGUUGAAAACUUGCAAGAUGAACAACAGGCUACUGCAACAAUGAAAGCAAAGAUGUACCAACCAACAUGGUCUCAAAUAUUCCUGCAUAUUGAUGUUAUUGCACAUUCAGACGAUGCUGUUAUUGCCAACUUGAAUAUAAAAAGUGAAAACAAUAAUAUAAAAGAAAACAUUAAAUACUUCACAAUUCUGGUUUUGAGUAGAGGAAACAUAUUGCAUACAAAGGUCCACAGCAGGACGAAACAUGAAACAAUCAGUGCAAUGAGCAUUAAAGUGACUCCUGACAUGCUGCCGUCUUUCAGGAUUGUAGGCUAUAUUUAUUUGUUUCAUAACAACAACAUCCUUGAAGUAGUGUCUGACUCUGUUUGGGUGCAUAUGAAACCAUCCUGCAAGGGCACUCUAAAAAUAAAUCCACCCAAGCACACUCAGUAUACUUACGAACCUCAAGCUUCUGUCGACAUUAGUGUGACUGGUGACAUUGGAGCACAUGUGGGUUUAGGGGUUGUGGACAAGGCUGUAUUUGUCUUAAACAACAAAACAAAGUUCUCCCAGAACAAGAUAUGGGAUGCAGUACAAGAAAAUGACAUUGGAUGCUCAGCUGGCAGUGGAGCUGAUCCCUUUGGUGUGUUUCAAGAUGCUGGUCUGGAAUUUGCAACCAGUUUGGGAAUGAAAACUCAAUCUAGAAAAGAUCUUAAAUGCUCUUCAGAUCAACAUGGACGCAGUCGUCGUUCAAUAGAAAUAUUAGAAGCGAAACAAAGAAAAGCAAAUGAGUCUCCUGCUCAUCUGAGACCAUGCUGCUUGGCUGGAUUACAUGACAGCCCAAUGGCACUGCCUUGUAAUAAGAGAAAACAGCACGUUCACCAAGGGAAGGACUGUGCUGACUUGUUCUUUGAGUGCUGCACACAUGCUGAAAAACUGAGGACGCAGUUUAGUGAAGACUUGGAAUGGAGCAGAUCUGAUGACUCUAAUGAAGAUUUGGAAGAAGAAAGUGUACUCCGCAGUUACUUCCCAGAGAGCUGGCACUUCAACAUAAUUGUACUCAACGGCCCCAAAUCAACAUCAAACACUGUUACAGUCCCUUUAGAAUUGAAGAAACUGCCAGAUUCUAUCACAACUUGGGUGAUACAAGCAGUCAGCAUCAAGCAGAAUCAAGGUAUUUGUGUAUCAAAUCCAUAUGAGUUAACUACUUAUAAACCAUUCUUUGUUGACCUAAGGAUGCCCUACAGUGUUAUAAGAAAUGAACAAGUACAGAUUCGAGCUAUUGUCCACAACUACCUUUUAGAUCAAGUCAAGGUGAAGGUAAAAUUCCCAUAUAAAGAGAAUAUAUGCAGUUUAGCUACUAGAUCAAGCGGUUAUCAGGAGACAGUGUCAAUAGCACGGAAAUCAUCAAAAGUGGUUUAUUUUGUAAUAAUUCCAUUGGAAAUCGGACAGCUUGAUUUUGAAGUACAGGCUCAUGUGAUUGGUAAAGGCAUAACAGACAGAGUGAUUAAACCACUCAAUGUGCUGCCAGAAGGAAAACUUGUAAAGAAACAAAUGUUUAAUACAAUUCUAAAUCCUGAAGGAAAACCUCAGUUGAUCCAAAUAGGGAAGGAGACUUUAGAUAGAAUGGUGCCUGACAGCCCAGCCAACAACUUUAUUAGCAUACAAGGAGAUCUUAUGGGAGAGACUGUGCUUGGCAUCUUACAACAGUCAGAUCUUGCAUCCCUCAUCUCUGUCCCUUUUGGGUGCCCAGAACAGAAUAUGAUCGGUACCACUGCAAAUGUUAUUCUGACACAGUAUUUAGAUGCCACUAAAAAAUGGGAUGUUGUUGGAGCGGAGAAGAGAAGCAAAGCAAUUGAAAACAUCAAUCAAGGUUACAUACGUCAACUGCAUCACCGCUUGCCUGAUCACUCUUUUCAAAAAAGCACAUGGUUAACAGCAUACGUGGUUAAAAUAUUUGCUCUGGCUUCCAGUUUAGUGCAUAUUGACAAAAACAUGCUUUGUGAAAGUUCUACAUGGCUGGUUACAAACCAAAAAAAUGAUGGCCAAUUUAUAGAACAUGGGAUAGUAUAUUCAAAACAAAUGCAGGGUGGCUAUACAGAAUAUAAAUCCUCCCUCACUGCAUUUGUUCUGAUUGCAUUAGCUGAAGUAAAAAACAGAUGCAAUCUUACAGAAAUUGAUAAAGCAGUCAACAAAGCCAAGGAAUAUCUUGAAGCUAAAUUUCCAAAUUUGAGACAAACGUACAGUGCUGUUAUAACUUCAUAUGCUCUUUCAUUAGUGGGAGACGCUAAGCAUCACGAUAUUGACAAGUUUGCACAUAAAUCCAUACCUUACUGGCCAGUUGAGAAUUCCAAAAAUUUCUUUACUGUGGAAGCUACUGGCUAUGCCCUUCUUCAGAAACUGAAGCUCAAGAAGUUUGAUGAAACCCAUAAAAUUGCAGAACUGUUGGUGAAAAUACGGGGAUACGGAGGAGGCUUUAAGUCUACACAGGCAACUGUAGUUGCAAUUCAGGCUCUGGCACAAUACAAAAUGGAUAUCCCUACCGAUAACCAAGCCAACUUGGAUGUCCAGCUUCUUGUAGAAGGAAGGGGAAAACCUGUUAUAUACACUAUAAGGCAUCAGAAUGCAUAUGUGGAGAGGACAGAUAAGGUUCCAGCAAGUAAAAAUAUCACUGUUAAAGUAACAGGAACUGGAAAAGGUACCCUAACGGUAAUGACAGUUUAUCAUAGCCUACUGACUGAUGAAAAUAAAUGCAAUGGCUUUACACUCUCAGCAGAAGUAAAACCAGAUGACAGAAAACAUGGAUAUUAUAAUCUCAUCUUGCGAACUAGGUAUCAUGGUCAUUUGCCUGCUACCAUGACACUAAUUGAAGUAACCAUGCUUACGGGUUUUUCAGCAAACACUGAUGAUCUUAAACAGUUGGCAAGUAGUGUUGAAAAUUAUAUCAUGAAGUAUGAAACACAACAAUCCUUAUUCAAUGGAACAGUCACACUCUACCUGACAAAGGUUCCAAAUGAUGAAGAUCUUGUUAUUGGCUUCAGGAUCCAUAAGAAUUUUCAAGUGGGACUUCUGCAGCCAGCUGACAUUUCCAUAUAUGAGUAUUAUGACCUUGAAAAACAGUGCAGCACUUUUUAUAACUUGCCUGAAGAGAGUGGACAUUUAAGGAAACUCUGCAGGGGGUCUUCAUGCAAGUGUGCUACAGGUUUGUGUGGAACCCUGGCCAAAAGGACGGAUGCCAACAGUUUAAAACAAAAAGCAUGUUCAGAGGGAAUAGACUUUGUUUUUAGGGUUCAUCUGACACAAUCAGAGCGAAAAGCAAGCUACGACUACUACAAUGUCACCAUCCUGGAUGUUAUCAAGGAAGGAGCAGACAUCUUAUACACAAGUGCUGGUGAGAAGAGGCAGUUCAUUGGUCAUAUGGCCUGCAGGGAUUCACUUCAACUACAAACCAACACAGACUACCUUAUAAUGAAUCAUUAUUCAGACGUGUGGGAAGUUACAUCAUUGUAUAUGUUUAGCUUUAAAACCUUCAUCUUCAGUUGGCAAGAUGGUGAUCAAGUCCUGAAUGAGUUUGCAAACACCAUGAAAGACCAUGGAUGUGAUACUUAAACCCAAUCACAGUGAUACGUCCUGAAGAAAACAUUUUUUGUUUCAGGCAGAAGCUUAAUGUACGAUUUCAUCAUUUUAUAAGCAGAAAUGUUUGGAAACAUUUUUCAGAGUCUUAAUUUUGUAUUUGCAAUGCUAUAUUCAUGUUAGACUGCACUUAUUCUUUUAAAUGUUAAUUUCAGAAUAAACGUAUUGCAAUGGAAUUGUACAGUACAUUAUAAUUUUAUUGCAGAUUUUGUUUUCCUUCUGUCAAUAGCAAAGCAUACAAACUGAAGUGAGUGCAUGUGAAGCUGUGAGCAUCAUAUGAAUUCAGAAGUGGGAACAUUAGAGAUUGUGAAAGGGAAAUGUUUGAAAGUGCCUAGAAGAUGCAGCAUGGUUUUUUUUUUUUUUUUUAGUUGAAAUAGGAGCAACACCUCAGUGCUGUACUAAGGAUACAAAUUUAUCAUACAGGUUGAGUAUCCCAUAUCCAAAUAUUCCGAAAUACGGAAUAUUCCGAAAUACGGACUUUUUUGAGUGAGAUAGUGAAACCUUUGUUUUUUGAUGGCUCAAUGUACACAAACUUUGUUUAAUACACAAAGUUAUUACAAAUAUUGUAUUAAAUGACCUUCAGGCUGUGUGUAUAAGGUGUAUAUGAAACAUAAAUGAAUUGUGUGAAUGUAGACACACUUUGUUUAAUGCACAAAGUUAUAAAAAAAUAUUGGCUAAAAUGACCUU